AUGUCAAACGCAUCUGCGAGUACAGUUCCCUCUGGAAGUUCUUCGGAACUAGGCCGCUCCCCCACCGUGGUUCGUGUGAGUGAUGAGCGCUUCAAUAUCCAGUCGCCCCAGCGUAGGAUUCUCAUUCGCCAAUUCAAGAAAGCUGUUCUUGAUCAGGAGAUACCUACCCCAUUGUGGGCCGUUCUCCAGUUGUGCGACCUUGAGAAGCUUGAGUACAUGGUACAGCUUGCCCGCUUCUCACUGAGAAUCAUAGACCCCUUUGCUGAACUCAUUUGUGCUCUUCCAUUCAAAUGGUCGGUGACACCAUCUCCCUCUCAACAGCGAGGAGCAGCAUUCUGGUCUCCUACUUUCAGCCCGCGGCGACAUGUUCCACCCGUUGCAAUCUAUGCCGCCAGAGAACGAGAUGGACAGAAGUGUGUCAUCACAGGCACCCGCAAGAUCUACCAAACUACUCCAAUCUUCCCAGCUAGUGCAGUCAACGCCUUCUUGCAAAACGAUCCGAAGACUCCUAACAUUUGGGCAUUCGCGGAUGUGUUCUGGGGAACGAGCACGACUUCAAGAUGGAAAAGGGCUUUUUUCAAUGACCCAACCAGCCCCAACAGUCCCGUCAAUGAUUGUUCCAAUCUGAUCUGCCUUCGGAGAGACCUUCGGACUGCAUGGUCAAGUGGUUUGUUCGCCCUGCGUCCCGCCUGGAUUUCUGACGAUAUGACCGCAAUGGAAAUUGAAUUCUAUUGGCAGCCAAAGCCAGACCACACGCUUUUUAACACCGUUGAUGUGGCCAAGCUGCCUCCCUCCACCAAGAACGUCCACAGCGUGGAUCAACUGAUCUUGGCGGUAGGAAAUCGAGGAGAAGCAACACAUCGUGCCAUUGAAUCCGGCUACCGCUUCAGAAUGACAACCGACGACCCGAUCCUUCGACCCCUUCCAAGUUUCGACUUGCUGGACAUGCAGUGGCAUUUCACUCGAUUGACCGCCUUAUGCGCUGCGACCAGCUUCUUUGAUGAGGAGGAGGACGAAGACGACGCCGGAUCAGACAAGACUACCCAACCGGAUCACCCUCUGUCUUCCAACCCUCCAGACGACGACAUUCUGGCUUGGGUUAGAUCUUCUUCCGUUUCAUCUGAUGAUGAGCCCGAGUCAGACUUCGUGGAGGACAUUGAUGCAUCGAUGACUGGCCCUCUGCCAGGGUCCGACACCAAUCGUUCGCGCGCUGUUAGUGAGUCUUCCAAGAGCUCCGAGAAGUCGGCGGCUUCGGCGGCUUCGGCGGCUUCCGAAAGUACAGAGGAGUCAGAGGUGGUUGAUGUGAUCUCCGGAACUGGCCGACUAUCCGUUGACUUCGUACGCGAGAGUUAA